AACUAUGUUAUUUCCAAGUAGUAUGUAGUUUUAUGAGCUCAUAUUGAGAGACUGCAUGGGAAAUGUGUUUUUAAGUAAUGUGUGUCACACCCUGCAGCACAUCACAUUUUAAGAAAACGAAAGAAAUGUGAUUAAAACAUUUUACAUAGCUAUCUCUCUCUCUUCCUCAUACAUUUAUUUUUUAGAGGGAGAGGAUAGAGGAGUGAAUGACUUCCUAGCAGCUGUUGUUCAUCUCACAAUAAGGCCGCCUCUCAAGCACCUCUAUGUGGGACUGUACCUGUUAGUUGAGUUGUUAAACUGAGCUGAACUCAGUCCAACUUUCAUUGCUUGACAGAAGUUUCCCUUAAGUGCAGUGUGAAAAUCUCAAAUCAAAAUUUUGAUUUUGAUUUGAUCUUGAGAAGCACUUUACGAUUUCAUCAAAACAGUGUUCAUCAAAACCCCCAAACCCUCCUUACAAGGUGACCAGGUGUACAGCAAUUUGGGAUCAAGGAAAGAGCUACAAUGAUGAUCCAGCUUCCCCGGAGACUGGUGCUAUGUUUCAUAGCUGUGGUGGGAAUCGGAUGGUUGGCAUUAUUUGUAGUGUGCAUGGCACUGCAGAUUCAAACGCCAUCGGAAAAACCUACCAGCUUCAACAUAAAACACUACAGGUUGUAUUACAAUAAAAACAACAUCCACAACCGUUUGAACUAUCAACAGUCUUCUGAAAAUGAAGAGUUCAUUACUGAAUAUCAACUGUCUUCUGAAAUUGAACAGAUGAUUAUUAAAAAACUAAGGCAGAAUUUGAUCAACAAACUAUCUUCUCACAAUAAAUCGAACAUUACUGAAGAUCUAGAGCGGAAUUCAGUCAAUCAAUCAGAUCUUCCAGAUCCAUCAACCACAAAAUACACACAACCUCACAUUACAAAUCUAAACACAAACACUUCCAGAACAGUGCCAGAAAAUGGGACAGAAAUAGUCAUCCCAGUAAAACCCACUUUGGAAGAAUUUUUUGGUGACCAGUAUGCUGUGGAUGAUGUUCCUUCACAAACAGACUGUCCAAACAAUAUCAGAAAGCGUGUACUUCAGACCAACUUCUCUGAGACGUUUCUACAAACAAUUCCAGUCCUGCAGUGGGCAAAGCAUUUUACUCCAGAAGAGUACCAGCGAUUGAAACGUUAUCGCGAAGCUCAUGGUUGGGCAAAUGUUUCUGUCGAUGUGUUAAAUAGCUCACUGAGGAUUUUAAACACAUCCGCAAAUCGGUUAAUGUUUGACGACUGGGAGCAAAGGAAAAGCAGAUCGCAGUGCAUCCGCUGUGCCGUGGUGGGAAACGGAGGAAUACUUAAUGGAUCAAAAAAAGGCAAAGAGAUUGAUGAGCAUGAUUAUGUGUUCAGGGUGAAUGGUGCGAUUUUAAAGGGGUUUGAGGAGGAUGUGGGAUCUCGAACAUCUUUUUAUACAUUCUCAACAAACACCAUGCGAAAUUCCUUACGUGGUUAUGGUGGAUUGGGCUUCAAGGGACCACCAAUAUCCAAUGAGACCAGAUACAUUUUUCUGCCAGAUCACGACCGAGACUACAUUCUUAUCAGAGCGGCCGCCACACAUACAGUCAUUGAAGAAGGCCCUGAGAGCAGCAAAACACCACCUAAAUACUUUGGUGAAAAUGUGACAGUGAAAAACUUUAAAAUGUACCACCCGGAUUUUGUCCGUUAUCUUAGAAACAGGUUCUUGUAUUCAAGCCUUUUGAAAACAAGGGCAAGAAAUUAUUACAGACCAACAACAGGAGCGGUGAUGCUCCUGGCUGCUCUUCAUACGUGUGAUCAGGUUGAUGCAUACGGGUAUAUGACUCCAAACUGGACUUCAUUCUCGGACCACUACUAUGACAGAAAGAUAAAGCCUGUGCGUUUUUACGCCAAUCAUGACAUGCGAAUGGAGAUGAGGUUGUGGAAGCAGCUGCAUGAGGCCGGACUGAUAAAUCUCUUCACGCGUAACUGAGAACGCUGGUCUUUGUACAAGGUGUUUAUUUAAACUAAAAAGGGUGGCAUUUGGCCACAGGAUAAACUUGUUCUUCUUUUCAAACCUUUAUUUGGGAUUUCUGCUUCAAAAGGUGAAGAUCAGACAUUGUUUAGUUAUUUCAUGGGCACUGCAAACAGAAGCAACUUUGUUGCUGACCUUCUGAAUAAUGGUUCAGACCAAUAGGCUGACUAGUGCAUCAUAGAAAGAGGAGCUGAAAACAAGCUUAGAUAUUGAAAUAACUAACCCAGUUAUACAUCUGCUUGUCCACAAAUGGUGAAUCAUUGCAGAUGAAAAUGGGGCAGAAUAAAGUCUAUCUGGUCUACAUAACUGUAAUGCGUUUACGUGCCUUAUCUCAGUAAAUGAUCUGUGAAAGACAGAAUCAACCAAAGAGGUUAUUUUAAAAUGAUUUUUCAUGGUAUAUGAAUGUAAACGCUUUCCCAUUAUGUCCUUGUUGCGUCUUGGGUAGAUGGUUUUCUGUUUUUAGGAGGUCUAUUAAAGCUUUAAAGUGCAAUAACUUAUAUUUAGUACACAAGCUAUUUAAUUUGAAAUGUGAAUUGUUUCGAUCUAUUCUAUACCGAGCCCCUAAAGUGACAUUGUAGUUAAAAAAUCUGAAGUUUAGUUUCAUGUGCUCACACGAAACCUUCAUGUGCAGAAUUUUUAGUUUCACAUGCCCACAUGAUAGUUUCACGUGCGCACCUGAAACUAAACUUUAUUUAAUUUUUUCUCCAUGUCCCCUUAAGCCUUAAGGGCUCCGUAGUUCUGCUCUGUGUGGUUACACUGUAAAAAAUUGCACACUUAAAUUUUUA